GAUUCUCAGCUUCCCUUAAACGAAGUUUCUAGCGUUUGAGGAGGCAAAAUGUGCAGUCGCUCCCCUCUGUAUAUCUAUUUAUGAGGCAUAGCUGUCAACGUUUCCCUUUUUAAAAGGGAAAUUCCCUUAUUCCGAAUAGGGUUCCUCACAAGAAAAGGGAAUAGUUGACAUCUAUGUUAUGAGGAGACUUAGCCCGAAGUGUUUUGCUUUGCCCUCUUCUCCCCCUAGAAAAAUGGCCGUUAUUAAUAAUACUAAUAAUUACCGUCGCGCUGUUGAAGGGCAUGGCGUUUGGCAGAGAGGAAGCAGGAAGGAGGCAUGGCUUGCAGCACCUUUCCAGGAAAGGCAGCCUUGUUAAUUGAGGCACUGCCUCUGCUUUGAAUCAUGGCAUUGUAGAGCUGGAAGGGACCACAAGGGUCAUCUAGUCCAACCCCAACCCCCCGCGAUGUAGGAAUCUUUUUGCCCAACUCGGGGCUCGAACCCACGACCCUGAGAUGCUCUGCCAAUUGAGCACUAAGCCCUUACUGAGUUCAGUGGGGCAUUUUUCCAGAUAAGAGCAUGCAGGAUUGAAACCUUUUUUGUGGGGGGAGAGGGGACAUGGUCUCAGUUUAUAGAAUUGCGCCUUGAAGGGAAUAGAAGUCCUUCUCCCACCCAAGGUCUGUUUCUUAAUACUGGGAAGUAGGGUCUUCCAAGGACACUGGCUGAUUAGGUGUUCUGGAUAUGUUGUUUGCUUGAUUAUGGGUUAGGUGCCGACUUGGUCUUGCUUAGGGUGGGCCCAAUGAAAUAAAUUGGGGCUUAACUAACCCCAUGAAGCUGCCAUUUACCUCUUUGCUCAGUUACAGGCAAUGACAGCCUACCGGUGAGAGGAAAGAGAAAAAGAUUAACUGCACAUACUACCCUGAGAUCCUGAGGGAGGAUAGAAAUUUUGUUUCUGGGUCUAUUUUAAAUACCGUUGCUUAACCAGUAGAACUUGUGAAGCGGUAAAGUACUAAGCAUUGCUACGUAGUUGAUGCUUUCGUAGAGUAAAAAUCAGCAGAAAAUGCAGAGGAGAAAGGAAUAGUUCUAUUGAGCAUGGCUAGAGCGCACCGUUGAGUAACCAGAGGUAGAUCGUGCAUCUGUUUUGGAUGAUUUCGAUCCUUUGGUCGUGCUUGCUGAGAAGUAUCUUGCAUCGUUCACAGACUGCCCUUGUUGCACAGUUCCACCCCAUGUGGAAGACUUGGCCAGAGUUCUGUAGUUGUAAUUCUCUUAUUUUGUCAAUGAAACUUAAAAUAAUAAUAAAAAUCCUGAAAAUAAGUGUGGAAGGAAGGGAAGCAAGUAGAAUUUGUGAAGCAGUCAAAUAGUAAGCCCUGCUUGAUAUGUCACCCUUGGCGUAUGGGGUGCUUUUACAGAGUAAGAUACGAAAUUUCCUGUCUUUGCAAAGUUGCAAAUGCAUUAAGAUGAAAAUCCAGAGAAAACCACUUUGUCGCACGUUCAGAGCCAUCACACAGUGAAUUAAAGCUCGUUGCUUGCAUUUGAAAAGAACGGGCGGAUUCCUGUGCCAGCUGCACCUUUUUCCCACACCGUUAAAAAACUAUAUUUUAAAAAAUGCAGUGACUUUCUCCUUGCAAGAAGAUGCGUUGGGCAGAAGAAGCAUAGCACACCACCGGCGUCCUGCGCCUGGGUGAUUGUGACACCUGGAACAGGCUCCUUUGGGUGGAAUCGGCAUGCAAUAGUUCCAUACAGCGUUGAUUUGCAUCUGUGUAGGUGCCCCCCUCCUCUCAAGUUGCCUGGGUUGCAAAACAGGGAGAAAGCAGCAGCUGCUCAUCUUUGGCAGUAGAAGAUUAUGGUGGCAGCUCGGCACUAGCAAAAGCAGCAGCGGCAGCGGCGGCGGCUGAAGCAGCAGCAGCAGCAGAGCACGACUUUGCCCGGAUGCAUUUUCCCCUGAAAACCAUCAGCAUUGCAAAGUACAGCCCCCAGACUUGGCAGCCAAGCAGGAAUUGGAAGCGUUCGUAAAAGGAAGGGAACCGGGGACUGGCAAGGAACAGCAGGGGUGGAGGGCAGCACCACCAGCUUUUUUCCCUGUGUGUUUCAAGGGGGGGGGGUCGUCUCUUAUCAUGGCGGAUCGGACAGCUCCUAGAUGCCAGCUGCGUCUGGAGUGGGUAUAUGGGUAUAGGGGUCAUCAGUGCCGCAACAACCUGUACUAUACGGCAGGCAAGGAAGUGGUUUACUUCGUGGCUGGAGUCGGGGUGGUUUAUAACACCAGAGAGCAUAGCCAGAAAUUUUUCCUGGGGCACAACGAUGACAUUAUCAGUCUAGCUCUGCACCCGGAAAAAACCCUGGUUGCUACAGGGCAAGUUGGGAAGGACCCUUACAUUUGCAUCUGGGACUCCUACAACAUACAGACUGUUUCCAUCCUGAAGGAUGCUCAUACGCACGGAGUUGCCUGCUUGGCUUUUGAUUCGGAUGGCCAGCGUCUGGCUUCAGUGGGACUAGAUGCCAAAAACACAGUCUGCAUUUGGGAAUGGAGGAAAGGAAAACUUCUUGCAUCAGCUACUGGCCACUCAGACAGGAUCUUUGAUAUUUCCUGGGACCCAUAUCAACCCAACAGAGUGGCUAGCUGUGGAGUGAAACAUAUCAAGUUUUGGACGCUUUGCGGAAAUGCCUUGACAGCCAAAAGAGGAAUAUUUGGUAAAACAGGAGACUUGCAAACUAUCCUCUGUUUGUCCUGCGCAAAAGAUGACGUCACAUACUCUGGUGCUUUAAACGGAGACAUCUACGUCUGGAAAGGGCUUACCUUAGCCCGCACAAUUCAAGGAGCUCAUGGUGCUGGCAUUUUUAGCAUGUAUGCAUGUGAAGAAGGUUUUGCCACCGGUGGGAGAGAUGGCUGCAUUCGACUGUGGGACACUGUUUUUAAGCCAAUAACUAAAAUUGAUCUCAGGGAAAAUGAACAAGGCUACAAAGGUUUGUCCAUCCGAAGCGUGUGCUGGAAAGCAGACCGGCUUUUAGCAGGGACGCAGGACAGCGAAAUAUUUGAGGUCAUCGUGAGAGAAAGAGACAAGCCCAUGCUCAUUAUGCAAGGUCACUGCGAAGGAGAGCUCUGGGCCCUGGCGGUGCAUCCCAAGAAACCGUUAGUUGUUACCGGCAGCGAUGACCGAUCCGUGCGGUUAUGGAGCCUUGCUGACCACGCCUUGAUUGCUCGUUGCAAUAUGGAAGAAGCUGUGCGAAGUGUAUCUUUCAGCCCUGACGGAUCUCAGCUGGCACUGGGAAUGAAGGAUGGUUCCUUCAUUGUUCUGAGAGUAAGAGAUAUGACAGAGGUAGUUCAUAUCAAAGACCGGAAAGAAGUAAUUCAUGAAAUGAAGUUUUCGCCAGAUGGCUGCUAUCUUGCAGUGGGUUCCAAUGAUGGCCCUGUGGAUAUCUAUGCAGUUGCUCAACGGUACAAAAAAACUGGAGAAUGCAACAAGUCUUCUAGCUUUAUUACUCAUAUCGACUGGUCUCUGGACAGCAAAUUCUUGCAAACUAAUGAUGGUGCGGGAGAACGCUUCUUCUACAGGAUGCCAUCUGGAAAGCAUUUAACAAGCAAAGAUGAAAUCAAAGGGAUUCAUUGGGCUUCCUGGACGUGUGUGAUGGGAUCAGAAGUGAACGGGAUCUGGCCAAAGUAUAGCAACGUUACAGACAUCAACUCUGUGGAUGGAAAUUACAAUAAUGCCGUUCUGGUGACUGGAGACGACUUUGGAUUAGUUAAAUUGUUCAGAUUUCCUUGUCUAAAGAAAGGAGCUAAAUUUAGAAAAUAUGUUGGCCAUUCUGCACAUGUUACUAAUGUCCGUUGGUCGCAUGACUUUCAGUGGGUAAUAAGUACUGGAGGUGCAGAUCACUCUGUUUUUCAGUGGCGUUUUAUUCCAGAAGGUUUAACAAAUGGAAUCCAUGAAACAGCACCCCAGGAAAGUGGCAUAGAUUCACACAGCGAAGAAUCUGACUCCGAUUUAUCUGAUGUGCCAGAGUUAGACUCAGAUAUAGAGCAAGAAGCUCAAAUCAACUACACCCGACAGGUUUACAAAGAAGAUCUACCUCAACUGAAACAGCAAAGUAAAGAGAAAAACCACUCAGUGCCCUUCCUUAAAAGAGAGCGAGCCCCCGAGGACAGCUUAAAGCUGCAAUUUAUACAUGGUUACAGAGGCUAUGACUGCCGAAACAAUUUGUUCUACACACAGACUGGGGAGGUGGUAUACCACAUUGCUGCUGUUGCUGUUGUUUACAAUAGACAGCAACACACCCAAAGACUGUAUCUCGGUCACGAUGAUGAUAUCCUCAGUCUAGCCAUCCAUCCUCUGAAAGACUAUGUUGCUACUGGACAGGUUGGGAGAGAUGCCGCCAUUCACAUGUGGGACACUCAGGCACUCAAAUGUUUGUCGCUGCUAAGAGGCCAACACCAAAGAGGCGUCUGUGCCCUUGAUUUUUCAGCUGAUGGAAAAUGUCUGGCGUCUAUUGGGUUAGAUGACAAUCAUACCAUCGUACUCUGGGACUGGAAAAAAGGAGAAAAGAUGGCAGCAACCAGAGGCCAUAAAGACAAGAUAUUUGUAGUGAAAUGCAACCCUCAAUAUGCUGAUAAACUGGUAACCGUUGGAAUGAAACACCUCAAAUUCUGGCAGCAAGCAGGUGGUGGUUUCACCUCCAAGCGUGGCAUCUUUGGAAAUAUCGGGAAGCAGGAAACCAUGAUGAGUGUUUCGUACGGGCGAAUAGAGGACCUUGUUUUCUCUGGAUCUGCCACAGGAGACAUUUACAUCUGGAAAGAUAUUUUGCUGCUUAAGACGGUGAAAGCUCACGAUGGGCCUGUAUUUGCCAUGCAUGCCUUAGAUAAGGGCUUUGUGACAGGUGGGAAGGAUGGCGUGGUGGCACUUUGGGAUGACACGUUUGAGAGGUGCUUGAAGACAUAUGCCAUUAAAAGAGCAGCAUUGUCGCCUGGCUCCAAAGGGUUGCUGUUGGAAGAUAACCCGUCCAUUCGUGCCAUCACCUUAGGACAUGGGCAUAUACUGGUGGGAACAAAAAACGGGGAGAUUCUUGAAAUUGAUAAAAGCGGCCCCAUGACUCUGCUUGUGCAGGGGCAUAUGGAAGGGGAGGUCUGGGGUCUGGCAGCGCAUCCCCUCUUACCUAUCUGCGCAACAGUGAGUGAUGAUAAAACUCUGAGGAUCUGGGAACUUUCCUCUCAACACCGUAUGCUGGCUGUGAGAAAGCUUAAGAAAGGAGGACGGUGCUGUGCCUUCUCCCCCGAUGGGAAAGCCUUGGCUGUUGGCUUGAAUGAUGGGAGUUUUCUGGUAGUGAAUGCUGAUACAGUAGAAGAUAUGCUUUCCUUCCAUCACAGAAAGGAAAUGAUCUCUGACAUCAAAUUUUCCCGAGAUGCAGGGAAAUACCUGGCAGUGGCUUCCCAUGAUAAUUUUGUAGAUAUUUACAAUGUGCUUACUAGCAAAAGAGUUGGCAUCUGCAAAGGGGCAUCCAGCUACGUCACGCACAUUGACUGGGAUUCAAGAGGGAAGCUAUUGCAAGUCAAUUCUGGUGCCAAAGAACAAUUCUUUUUUGAAGCUCCAAGAGGAAAGAGGCAUGUUAUAAGAUCCACCGAGAUUGAGAAGAUCGAGUGGGACACGUGGACGUGUGUCCUUGGUCCUACCUGCGAAGGGAUUUGGCCAAUGCACAGCGACGUCACUGUUAUCAACGCGGCUUCUCUCACCAAAGAUCACACGCUCUUAGCUACAGGGGAUGACUUUGGGUUCGUAAAGCUCUUCAGAUACCCGGUCAAGGGUCAGCACGCUAAGUUCAAGAAGUACGUGGGACACAGCGCCCAUGUGACUAAUGCCCGCUGGUUACACAAUGACUCUGUGCUUCUGACGGUGGGAGGAGCUGACACUGCUCUGAUGAUCUGGACUCGAGAAUUUGUCGGAACCCAGGAAAGCAAACUAGUGGACAGCGAGGAGUCGGACACGGAUGCCGAAGAAGAUGGAGGUUAUGACAGUGACGUUGCAAGAGAAAAAGCGAUUGACUACACCACGAAGAUCUACGCCGUGAGCAUCCGCGAGAUGGAGGGCACAAAACCGCACCAGCAGCUGAAGGAGGUUUCCGUGGAGGAAAGGCCUCCAGUUAGCAGAGCUGCUCCUCAACCUGAGAAACUGCAAAAGAAUAACAUCAAUAAAAAAAGGAAACUGGUUGAGGAAUUGGCUUUAGACCAUGUUUUCGGGUAUCGCGGAUUCGAUUGUCGCAACAACCUUCAUUACCUCAAUGAUGGUGCUGAUAUUAUUUUCCAUACUGCUGCAGCAUGCAUAGUUCAAAACCUUUCCACAGGAAGCCAAACUUUCUACCUGGAGCAUACGGAUGACAUCCUCUGCCUAACAGUCAACCAGCACCCAAAGUACAAAAACGUGGUGGCAACCAGCCAGAUUGGUGAUAUGACAGAAUUUCCAGGUACAACACCUUCUGUCCACAUAUGGGAUGCUAUGACUAAGCAGACUUUGUCUAUGCUGCGCUGCUUCCAUUCCAAAGGAGUGAAUUACGUCAACUUCAGCGCUACUGGCAAGCUCCUAGUCUCUGUGGGAGUUGAUCCUGAACAUACAAUCACAGUGUGGAGAUGGCAGGAAGGCGCUAAAAUUGCAAGCAGAGGAGGCCACCUAGAAAGGAUCUUCGUUGUAGAGUUCCGUCCAGAUUCAGACACCCAGUUUGUCUCUGUUGGAGUCAAACACAUGAAAUUCUGGACUCUGGCUGGAAGCGCUUUGCUCUAUAAAAAGGGAGUCAUUGGUUCGUUGGAAGAUGCCAAAAUGCAAACCAUGCUCUCUGUGGCCUUUGGUGCGAAUAACCUUACUUUCACUGGUGCCAUAAACGGAGAUGUUUAUGUCUGGAAGGAUCACUUUCUAAUCAGACUGGUGGCAAAAGCUCACACUGGGCCCGUCUUUACAAUGUACACAACGCUUCGUGAUGGACUCAUUGUCACUGGAGGGAAAGAAAGACCGACGAAAGAAGGAGGUGCUGUGAAACUGUGGGAUCAGGAGAUGAAACGCUGCCGGGCAUUUCAGCUUGAGACAGGGCAAAUCGUGGAGUGUGUCCGAUCGGUGUGCCGAGGCAAAGGCAAAAUUUUAGUGGGAACCAAAGAUGGAGAAAUAAUUGAAAUUGGAGAGAAAAAUGGUGCUUCUAACCUGCUGAUUGACAGCCACAUGGAAGGAGAGAUAUGGGGCUUGGCUACUCAUCCCUCCAAAGACAUCUUCAUCUCUGCUAGUAAUGAUGGCACUGCAAGGAUCUGGGACCUUUGUGACAAAAAACUUCUGAACAAAGUGAAUCUGGGCCAUGCUGCCAGAUGUGCCGCUUACAGCCCUGACGGCGAAAUGGUUGCCAUUGGCAUGAAGAACGGAGAGUUCAUCAUUUUGCUCGUGAACAGCCUUAAAGUGUGGGGCAAGAAAAGAGACCGCAAGUCUGCCAUCCAGGACGUCAGAAUCAGCCCCGAUAACCGGUUCCUCGCGGUGGGCUCACAGGAACACACCGUUGACUUCUAUGAUCUCACCCAAGGCACAACGUUGAACCGCAUCGGCUACUGUAAAGACAUCCCAAGCUUUGUCAUUCAGAUGGAUUUUUCUGCAGACAGCAGAUACAUUCAGGUAUCAACCGGUGCCUAUAAACGCCAAGUCCACGAGGUGCCAUUAGGGAAGCAGGUGACGGACGCAGCGUUCAUUGGGAAGAUCACCUGGGCCACCUGGACAAGUAUCCUUGGAGAUGAAGUCAUUGGUAUUUGGCCUCGAAAUGCGGAUAAGGCAGACGUCAACUGUGCUUGCGUAACCCACGCUGGCCUGAACAUAGUCUCCGGGGACGACUUUGGACUAGUCAAACUCUUUGACUUCCCCUGCACUGAAAAAUUUGCCAAACACAAGCGUUACUUCGGCCAUUCGGCUCACGUCACCAACAUACGCUUCUCUCACGAUGACAAGUACGUUAUCAGCACCGGAGGGGAUGAUUGCAGCGUAUUUGUAUGGCGAUGCCUUUGAAGGUCAGUUUCCUCGAGUGCCGCUCUUGCUACCACCGCCACGUGAGUGCCAAACAGGGAUGCCUCCCCAGUCUUCAGCAGGCGGCUUUGUUACAAAACGCUGCGUAGAUUCUAAAUGUGUGAGACUUGACCUACAUUGGAUGCCACAACCACCCCCCAACCAUUCAACCAUUGUGAAAGAAGGGGAAAUUGCUGUAUUUUUCCAUAUAUAAGACUAGGGUUUUUUCCUUAAAAAUAAUGUCCGAAAUGUUUUUUGGGGGGGCUUAUACACGGAUAAGCCCCCCAAAAUAUAGGGAUAUAGGGACGCGGGUGGCGCUGUGGGUAAAACCUCAGCGCCUAGGACUUGCCGAUCGUCAGGUCGGCGGUUUGAAUCCCCGCAGCGGGGUGCGCUCCUGUUGCUCGGUCCCAGCGCCUGCCAACCUAGCAGUUCGAAAGCACCCCUGGGUGCAAGUAGAUAAAUAGGGACCGCUUACUAGCGGGAAGGUAAACGGCGUUCCGUGUGCUGCGCUGGCUCGCCAGAUGCAGCUUGUCACGCUGGCCACGUGACCCGGAAGUGUCUUCGGACAGCGCUGGCCCCCGGCCUCUUAAGCGAGAUGGGUGCGCAACGCCAGAGUCAGACACGACUGGCCUGUACAGGCAGGGGUACCUUUACCUUUACCUUUAUGCACGGAUAGAUGUCCCCCCCAAUUUUCUUAAUUUUGAGUCCCCCAAAAUAGGGGCCAAAUUAUACAUGGGGGCGUCUUAUAGACGGAAAAAUACUGUAAUUGAUUUGGUCCUUAAGACUGAAGGAUGCCCAGUUUGGUUUGCGCUAGCGGCUAUCUGUCAUGGGUGCUUCAGGUGAUACUCCUGCAUUGCAGGGGGUUGGACUAGAUUCUUGGGGAUCCCUCCCAAAUUUUUGAUUCUAAACCUCUCUUGCUGAAAAUCAAGUGUCCUAAUCUGCAAAGCCUAGCCCAUAGUGCAAACUUAAGCGUCAGUAGCCUUUUUGCCAACAAAACGAGUUGCGAUUUGAAGAUUAUUUUUAAAAAGUAUUCAUGUUUUUUCAUAAACCCAACCAUUUUGAAACCACCCACUACAAAACCUUAUUGGGCAAGGGAUGCCUUCAGAGUAAAGAAAGCUUUGAGCCAUGGCUAAUUUUAUACUGACCAAAUUAUCAUUCCCCCCUCCCCUCCCCAAAUAUUUCCGGUUUUAAAAAUAAGUUCAUUUGCCAGUUUUCUAUGAAGUGCCUUUUGAAAGCUUUGCCAGUGGCACAGGCUUCCUGCCGGUGUCUGCUUUCUACUCUCGGUGCUACAACUUCCACAACUGACGAGGGCUGAAAAGUCACUCCCCCUCCUGCCCUCCCACCCUCAAUGUUCAAUUCUCUCUUCUUUUGCAUUUAAUCUGUCUCAGUAUUUUACCUUGAGUCUCAGCUGGUUCUUUUAACAAGAGUGGGGGGGGUGCAAGGAAAGUCUCUUAUAAAUAGCUGCCUGUCAAAUCUGCAACAUAUCUAACACAGUCUUGAGGAUAGGAAUGGGGGCCUUGUGGUCCUCUGGCUGUUGGUCAACUCCUACUCAGGUUUCCGUAAGGAAAAGGGGGAGAUUAUUCUCUUUCUGGCCCCUCCCACUUUCAGAAGAACCUUUUCCCGCUGCGUUUCUAGGUUCGGCGCCAAAAAUGGCAAUGCUCUGAUAAAUAAACCUUCCUCCACCUUUGUUCCAAAGAUUUGGCAAACAACUCGGCAGCUACACACACAGGCUCUCAGGCAGGGGACCAAGAAGCUGCAGAAUUUUCUUCCUCACCCAGAAAAAUCCAAUAGCAGUGGUAGAGCAUGCCUCCUGUACUUGGAAGAUUACAGGUUCAGUUUCCUGUACUUUAUAGUGGAGUUACAGGCAGGAAAUGGAAAGAUCCUUUUGCCCCAAGGUACUGGGACGCGGGUGUCGCUGUGGGUUAAACCACGGAGCCUAGGACUUGCCGAUCAGAAGGUCGGCAGUUCAAAUCCCUGCGACAGGGUGAGCUCCCGUUGCUCGGUCCCGGCUCCUGCCAACCUAGCAGUUCGAAAGCACUUCAAGUGCAAGUAGAUAAAUAGGUAUCGCUCCGGCGUGAAGGUAAACGGCGUUUCCAUGCGCUGCUCUGGUUCGCCAGAAGCGGCUUAGUCAUGCUGGCCACAUGACCCAGAAGCUGUACGCCGGCUCCCUCGGCCGAUAAAGCGAGAUGAGCGCCGCAACCCCAGAGUCGGCCACGACUGGACCUAAUGGUCAGGGGUCCCUUUACCUUUACCUUACUGGGUUCGGGUGCUAUGGUUAAGGCUGCAAUAGUUAGCUGGCCAAUGAAGGGAAAGGGCUCCUAUCCUCUUCACCAAGUCAGGCAGGGGCCACCACCAGCUGCUGAAACGAGGCCACUGCAUCCUCCUUCGCUAGCAAUACUCUGCAAACAGAUAGCCUUCCUGCAAAGGGACAAGCAGCAAGGUUUGAUGUGCAAAUAUCUUUGUUCCAACAAGCUCCGCUUGAGGAAAGCCACGCGGGUAAGCAGCUCACUCCCAGGUUUAAGAGAGAGCCAAAAUAAAACUGGAGAAUUCUCCAAAGGGGUAGGAUUGGGGAUCAGUGUGCAAAAGUGCUACCAUUUGUCAAGAGUCGAUCAAUAGAAUAUAUUAAUGCCUUACAUGCCUCUAUGAUUUCCGACACACAGGUCCCUAUGCAGUCUUAUUCCCAUACUCUUCUCUGUUAAGGAAGCCUUUCUGUAUUAGGCAGUGUAAUCAUAUCGAGCCGUUGAUGUCAGAUGGUCACCUUGUUUGCCUAUGUUGUAAUGCUGGCCUUUUCACAUUGAUUGUAUCCUAAUUCUUUUUUUAAAUAAAA